CUUGUGGGCAUGAAAGUUCACAAUUGCCAUGGGAGUCCCUGCCGUCCCCAGCACAGCGUGGCCAGGAUGGGUGCUUGGAGGGCACGGUGGGCAGGGAGCUGUUGUCUCGCUCCCUCUGCCAGUGCUUCCCUCCCCACCCGCCUCCCAUGCAGACACAGGCUAAAAAUACCCCAUCCCCACGUGGCCACCAGCCCAGCAGCUGCCUGCCCCACCGUGGCCGGCAGUUUCGUCUCAGGUCUGAGCCAUCUUUGAGGAAGCGGACAGGACAACAGAGGGCCCAGGAGUGAGGGCCGUGUGCUGGCUGGGGGUUUGCCCCUCUUGCUCCCCGCCAUGGUGGCGCCCCCUGGUGAACAGAUGCCUCCCUGCUGUGCAGUUUUUGGCCAUUGGGUGACUUCAACGAACAUCGCUGAAGAUUCUUUUUGGGGGGGACUAUUUUCUUUGAACAAAAGAGCAGAAGUAGAUACAUGAUUGUGUGUCUGCCUGAAGGAGCCUAGAGUAGAUUUUUUGGCGGAAACCCUGUCCCACUGGGCUGUGUAGCUGCAGUUCCUGGGGAAGCAGCCACCAGCCAUGGCUGGGGCCUGGCCCCAAACUGAGCACGGCUCCUCCACUUCCCAGCUGGGUGCUCUUGGGCAGUGACACCUGUCCCCAUACCCGGUCCCCAGCUGUGAAGUGACAGCCUUCAACUAACCAGGGCUGACACAGGUUGAGGCUGGGGACACGGCCUGACAUAGGGAGCCAUGGGAGGAGAGGACAUGGGCCCUUUCACCCUCCGCCUCUCCAUCAGAGGAGGAACCCAGUCAGAGAGGCAUGACUUGCCCACGGCCAUCUGCACAGUCACACAGGUGGGCAGUGCCACUGGUGGGCCAGGAAGCCGGAAAUGCUGCUCAUGGCUGCCCAGCAGUGUUGGCCUGGCAGAAGAAGCCGCAGGGGUCCCAACACAGGGGCCGCCAUGCCCUGGGGUCUGGGCUGAACACCUCAGAUGUGGAGGGAGCCCAGGCGUGGCUGUCUCACCCUGCCCAGCCAUGGGUGGGCUCUCCUCUGAGCCUCAGUUUCCCCCCUACAGCAAGUAAAGCCCUUGACCUGCUGCACAGAGCUGGGCCUGGGCCAAGGGCGUGGCAGCCACUCGGAUGCCCCUGGCCUCCUCACUGUCUUCUGCAGGGGCUUGGGAGGCGCUGGGCACCAUGGUGCGGAACGUGGACGACCUGGACUUCCAGUUGGCCUCACACGCCCAGGACAUGCUGGAUGGCCUGCAGCAGCUGCGUUCUCUGCCCAAGCUGGCCGAUGUCACACUGCUGGUGGGCGGCCAGGAACUGCCCUGCCACCGUGGCCUCCUGGCUCUGAGCAGCCCCUACUUCCACGCCAUGUUUGUGGGCGACUUUGCCGAGAGCUUCUCUGCACGCGUGGAGCUGCGGGAUGUGGAGCCAGCCAUGUUGGGGCAAUUGGUGGACUUCGUGUACACCGGCCGGCUGACCAUCACGCAGGCCAAUGUGGAGGCGCUCACACGUACCGCCUCUCGCCUGAACUUCCCAGCUGUGCAGAAGGUCUGUGGCCGCUACCUCCAGCAGCAGCUGGACGCCACCAACUGCCUGGGCAUCUGCGAGUUCGGGGAACAGCAGGGGUUGCUCGGGGUGGCCACCAAGGCCUGGGCCUUCCUGCGGGAGAACUUCGAGGCCGUGGCUCGGGAGGACGAGUUCCUACAGCUGCCACGGGAUCGGCUGGCCGCCUGCCUGGCCAGCGAGCUGCUGCAGGUGCAACCUGAGCAGAGCCGGCUCGAGGCCCUGAUGCGCUGGGUGCGCCAUGACCCCCAGNCACGGGCCGCCCACCUGCCUGGGCUGCUCAGCCUGGUGCACCUGGGCGCCGUGCCCAGGCCCUGUGUGCAGGAGCUGCUGGCCACAGAGCCACUGAUCCAGGCAUCACGGGCAUGCCAGGAGGCCCUGUCCCAGGGCCACAGCAAGGUGCUGCCCAGCCCCCUGCAGAGGCUGGAGGAGGUUCUGGUCGUGGUGGGCGGCCGGGCGCUGGAGGAGGACGGGGAGGACGGGGAGGAGCCCACGCCCCGCCCCGGAAACUUCGCCUUCUACGACACCCAGGCCAGGCAGUGGAUGGCGCUCCCUGACUUCCCGGACUACCACAAGUGGGGCUUCUCCCUGACGGCGCUCAACAAUGACAUUUACAUCACAGGGGGCUCCCGGGGCACCAAGGCGGACACCUGGUCAACCACUCAAGCCUGGUGCUUCCCGCUGAAGGAGGCAGCCUGGAGGUCUGUGGCACCCAUGCUGAAAGCCCGCACCAACCAUGCCAGCGCGGCGCUCAACGGGGAGAUGUACGCCAUUGGCGGCACCACACUGGAUGUGGUGGAGGUGGAGAGCUACGACCCCUACACAGACAGCUGGACGCCCGUGCAGCCAGCGCUCAAGUACGUCAGCAACUUCUCUGCGGCUGGCUGCCAGGGCAGACUCUACCUGGUGGGUUCCAGUGCCUGCAAGUACAACGCCCUCGCACUACAGUGCUACAACCCUGUCACAGAUGCCUGGAGUGUGAUCACCUCGCCCUUCUUGCCCAAGUACCUGUCCUCGCCACGCUGCGCCGCGCUCCGGGGGGUGCUCUACCUCAUCGGCGACAACACCAAGAAGGUCUACGCCUAUGACCCCGGGGCCAACCUGUGGCAGAAGGUGCAGUCCCAGCACAGCCUGCAUGAGAAUGGUGCCCUGGUGCCCCUGGGUGACAUGCUGUACGUGACGGGUGGCCGCUGGCAGGGCAUGGAGGGAGACUACCACGUGGAGAUGGAGGCCUAUGACGCCGUGCGGGAUGCCUGGACCCGCCAUGGUGCCCUGCCCUGCCUCUGGCUCUACCAUGGGGCCUCCGCGGUCUUCCUGGAUGUCUCCAAGUGGACGCGGCCCUUCCGCCCUGCCCCGCAGCCCUAGGCCCUUGUCGCCCCAAGGAGUGGCCCCUGUGAUGCCUGCUGACUUAUUCACUGGGGCUGCAGCCUCCCAGGACCCAGCUGGGUGCUGGCGCCAGGGGUCACCACCACUCCUUACUCCAGGCUGCCCAGGGUGGGGAAGGACCCCGGGCCCAGGACAGCACCAGAGGCUGCCCAGCAGCAGAUCUGCCUCCUCUGUGCCCCUAUGACGGGCUUCGGGGAAUUUGUAUAACAGAAUGGGGGCAAAAUGGGCCCCAGGACAUGGGCAGGGCCUCCCAGGAGGGUCUGCUUUCCUCACCCACGGUGGUGGCCACACCGGCAGCUGUCCUGUGCCCACCACACAUGGGCUUGGCGUCUCUGUGGGCCUCAGGCUGCCCACCCCCUUUCCUGAUUGCUUCUGGCACAGCAGAGGCCCUGCCUAGCCCUGUGUGUCCCCCUCCACUAGGAAGGCAGCCUCGCGGGGGGCCACCGGGAAGGAAGGGGUUUGGGAAGGAGCCGGGAUCUGUGGGACAGCUGCACCCCACUUCUCAGGAUGAGUUCCACCAACACAGCACAUGCCUUCCAAAGAAAGGCUCUGCUGAGCUGUGGUUUGCACUUGGACAAUGUGUCCCCAGCUCCCAGGAGGGUGCUGUUGGCCCUGCUGCCAGGCCCUCUUUUGGAACGGGAGUCACUACGGGUGCGACAGCUCCUGAGAAUGGCCUUGGUGCACUGUGUCCCCACAGCAAGGUGGCAUGUGGCUUCCGAUGGGCUCUGCCACCUGCCAAGCCUCCUGUGCCGACCCAAGGACACAAUAAAGGGCCCUCUGGCCCUGGUGCCUUGCCCAUUGGUCACAGGCUUGGUCAGAGGAGGGUCAGGAGUUGGGCCUGGCUGACCUUCCAGGCCUGGGUAGCUCCUACCCGCCCCCAGUAGGCUCCUGCUCCAGAGCUGGCCCAAGAGGACCAAGAACCCUCUGAACACCUUGGUUCUAGGGGACAGAGCCUACCUUGGGGCCCAGCCAGAGUAGGAUCCAGUGCCAGUUCCCAGGGGAAAAGAUCAGGGCCUCACAGGACCCCCUGGCCAUGGGUGGGUUGGAAACAGCCAGAGUUCGUGGGAAGGAGGCCAGAGGAGAGGUUGCUCAAAAUGAAGUCCCCACAUAUGUGGUGGCAUAUACCUGUGAUGUCAAGCACUCAGGAGGCUGAAGCAGGAGGGUCACAAGUUCCA